CAUUGAUGACGCAGACGCGCACUGUGGACCAAACCUCACUCGCUGCAACACUUCUGUCUGACCACCUCCGAGGCAAAGCUCACCAUGAAGCUAUUUUUGGCACUGGCGGCUUUCAUUGUGCCACUUGUCAGAGCUCAGGUGCCUCAUUGGGGUCCGUGUCCAGAACCGGAUGUUCAACCCGCUUUCAACCUCAAACAGUUCAUGGGGAGGUGGUUCGAAAUCGCCAGACUGCCGACGCAGUUCGAAAGGGGCCGCUGCAUCGAGACCAACUUCACUUUCAAGGUGGACAAAUCCAUCCGAGUGGUCAGCUCGGAAAUACUGAAAGGAGAGCUAAGGAAAAUUGAAGGAACAGGUGUCAUCGAGGAUCAGAAGAAUCCAGCCAAGCUGGGAAUAAGCUACUCCUAUGUGCUGCCAUUUUCCCCCUACUGGAUUCUGUCCACCGACUACGUGAACACAGCCCUGGUGUACUCCUGCACGGACGUCCUGCGUCUCUUCCAUCUGGACUUCGCCUGGAUCUUCAGCCGCACGCGCACCCUGCCGCAGUCGACCAUUGACAGCGCCAAGGAGACCUUCGCCAACAACAACAUCGACGUGACGCGCAUGAUCGACACCAAGCAGCAGGCCUGCGACAAAGAAGCGCCGUGGAGUGACGAUCAGCUAUUAUAAUACAUUUUGUUUGAACUGCACUUUAAGUUAACAGUUAAAAUUGUCUAAAAAUAUAUAUAGUACAGUACAAGUAUACUACUGUAUGACAGAAUAUAGCCACAUGCUUCUACUGAAUCACUGCUUCUACACAAACAAUAAUUAUAAAAAAAAAACCUACACCAUCAAAUUAUGCUAGAAAUAAAAAUAAAGUGAUAGUUUUAGAAGGUUGCUGCGAUACAAUACACUGUAUAAGUUAUUUUGUUAUCUGUCACAUGCCUAGAGCCUAAACUGGAGACACAAAGCUGGCAAUUAGAAUGAAUAAACCUUUUAAAUGCAAUUCAUGUGAGAGCUCUUGUUAGUUUUCACUAUGCAUCAUUGUGAAGCUUUGGCUAGUCACAGAAUAAUAACAUCGAAAUAAAAUACACGAAU